GAUGAUUCAGUGGCUGACAGGAAGCCCGCCGCCUUGCCUGCUGCCCGCAAGUGUCAGUGGCGUUGGUGUCGGCUCCAGCAGGUGUGUGGGCUCAGGAUGAGGUGGCCGCAGUGAAGAGCCCCCAACUCUCAGCGUUGCAGGAAAAGUGGCCAGGAGCGGACAUGAGUACAGAGACCGAGCUGCUGUGGCCGGGGGCGGCCCUCCUGCUGCUGCUGGGGGCGGUGGCCAGCCUGUGUGUGCGCUGCUCCCGCUCAGGUGCGAAGCAGUCCGAGAAAAUCUGUGAACAAAGGAACCUGCAAGAGAGCCAACAGAACUUUGCAGUGGCCCGGACCUAUUCCCUGGCCAGGCCCCUGAUGGACGUGGACUUUGACCUGGCACCAGCACGGAAGGAUAAGCUGCUGCAGUUCUCUCCCAGCCUUGAUGACUCUGCAUCCCCAAGGUACCAGAAUUUCAGAAAAGGAAGCAGACAAGGAUCAGAUGCGGCCUACAUAGACCCCAUCACCAUGGACUAUUACCUCUGGGGGCAGUUCCCGAAACCCCAGGAAGCAGAUGACGACGAUGCUAAUUCCUAUGAGAACGUGCUCAUCUGCAAGCAGAAGCAGCCGGACUCAGACGAUGAGGAAUCUGAGGAUUAUCAGAACUCAGCUUCCAUCCAGCAGUGGCAGGAGUCCAGAAGGGUCGUGGGGAAAGUCCCGAGAGGAGCACCUCCCUUGCCUGCAGGAAGUCCAGAUGAGGAUGAUGAAGAGCCUGAUUAUGUGAACGGGGACGUGGCAGCCGUGGAAGCCCGGGGCAGACCUGAGAGAAGGAGCCAAGGAACCCAAAGCUCAUAGGAACAUUGACUGUCUCCCAACGAUCACUUCUCCAGAGCCGCUCAACUUCUGGACCCCAACGGCUACUCAUGGGAGGUGCACCAUGUCCCGAGGACCAUCCCUCUGGCCACGCGGAGCCAGCCUGGUGUUGAGGGCAGUGCAGCUCCUGCUGUAACUGAAUGCCCAGUGCUUAGGGCAAGUCGCAUUUCCAUCCCCACACCUAAAACAUCACACAGUACUGGUGUUUGUUCUUUUCUGCUUUGGAUUUGGAUUCCAAAUCGCUUACCAAUGUCAGUUGCUGUGAUUUUUUUGUGUGAUUGAUAAGUUGGUACAAUUAAUUUAUACAGAUGGAGCCAUAUUUAAUGUUCUACAUUCCAGGGUAUGUUUUGUCUAACUUGUCUCCUGUAAGCAUUACACGUACAAACUUUAGCAGACACUUACGAGGAGCCCUGGGGCUCCUUUCUUUGGUCCUCAGCUCAGAGGAUGAGGCUACAGCUGCCCGCAUGCCCCCUUCUGUGGGCAUAUCCUGUGGACAAGGUGUGUCAGUUCCGCAGAGGGUGCAGGUGGGGUGCAGCGGCGGCACCCCUCAGGCGCGCCGGAGGCCUCUGCUGCAGGGCUGGCCUCCGCUCAGUGGGCUGCGCAGCACGGCUGUCUCUCGGCACAGGCAGAAGCCCGAGGGGACCUUGAGUCAGAAGAGCCAGGCAGGGAAAAAUGCCUCCUCCAAUCAAAACCUUUUCAAUAAACCUUCCUAGUUUAAGAGCAGUAAUUCUCCAGUGUCUGCUUUUCCUGA